GUUGUGAGUUGAAAAUAUUUCGUUGGUUGCGUUGUUUCUUAAGUGUGAGUCGAUGUCGCGAUUUACGUUCAGAACGAAGUGAGACGUCAACAAUGUCACACACCAUCAUCAGCAUUUUUAGUUCAAUCGAAUAAUAUAUCGAAUAAAACGACCAAAAAUAUUAAAUUCCAUCUAAAUUCUGUUGAACAAUAAUAAUAGAAAUUAGUUUGUUUCGAUUUCGGUGUUGAUGGAAAGAGUUGCGUGAAUUGGAGUCAUAUUUUUAUUUGUUAGUUAGUGUGGAAUUUGUAGAAUUUCGUUUACAAUACGAUUUGUGUGGUGAAAAUAAGUGUCCAUCUGUGAUGUGUACAGCAUCAUUUUUUUCUCAGUUCAUUGCGAUUGUGUUUCAUCGUAUAAUCAUUGAUGAAAUUCCAAAAUAUGUGUGUUAGUGAAGGCGUUUAGCGAAUGUUUAAUCAAGCAUUUCAAUGUCUGAAUUAAUGAAUUCAAAACAAAACAGACUAAACACAAAAAAAAUUCUGGUUUUUUAAAAAAAAUUGUGAUCGAUGUAACUUACAGCACCAAGAAUUUUUCUGCAUAAAGAAAACGAGUUUUCGAAUAUUGUGGCUGUUGUUGUUUUUAUUUUGCUGUCUAAAAAAACGUUUUUCAAUAAUUUAUUUAUAUGUGGCCAUUUUGCGCGAUUUAAGUGGGACAAAUAGGAAUAUACCGAAUAAAGGGGAAUCCAUUUAAAUCCAAUUAAAUCGCCGUUUUUAGCAUAUAUUGAUUUGUCAUUGAAGCGGUCAAUCAACGGUGAAAUUCAUGUCAAGAAAUCUACAAUCGCAACUAACUAACCGGAAAACAAUCUAAGAAGAGCAAAAAACAGAAUAUGCAUGGAAUGUGAUAUUUGUGUGUAACGGGAAGUUUCAAUUCAUAUCGAAGACUCAAAAAAAAGAUACUAUAAAUAAUUCAAGUGGAAAGAAUCAUAUUUCUCGUUAUUUUAUAUCAGCUGUAAUCAUUCGAGCGAGACUUUUGAACCAAUCACAUGCGCACGGCUUCAAUAAAUCAACACUUGAUCCGUCGUCGCGAGUUGCGUUUUAUACUCACCAUAGAACUUAAAUAACAUUACUAGCACUGGCUGAAUUGUGCAUUAAACGAACAGAUAAAAACGAUACAAUUUAAUAUAUUCGAGUGGAACGCUUCAUUUAAAAGUGAAAACCUCAAAAAUCGAAUCAUAUAACGUUAUGUUUACUGUACCAAAAGUGAGAUUUUUAAAGCCUGAUGACGACUCAUUUGCGUCGGAACGUGAUUCAAAACCAACCGAUGACAGUGUAACAACUUUUGUGUUCAACGCACACCAUUCAUUGGCCAUCGAAGCGCAACGUGAUCGUCUUCCGAUUCGCAAGUAUCGAGAUCAAAUUCUAUACUGUUUGGAACAGUAUCAAACAUUGGUGUUGGUUGGAGAAACUGGCAGCGGUAAAUCGACUCAAGUACCCCAGUAUCUGUACGAGUUGGGAUGGCACACGAAAGGAAUUAUCGGGAUAACACAACCCAGGCGUGUGUCCGCGAUGACAGUGGCCGAUCGCGUUGCAAACGAACGUGGCGAGGUGCUUGGUGACACUGUCGGUGUAAGUGUGAGUUUCAUCGACAAAUACAGCGAGAGUACGCAGAUUAAGUUUAUGACCGAAGGAAUUCUGCUACGUGAGAUGCUGGCUGAUCCAUUGCUACAAAAGUACGGUGUAAUAAUGAUUGACGAAGCUCACGAACGUAGUCUUUUAACCGAUACGGUGUUGGGCCUUCUGAAGAAAAUCAUGAGAAAGCGUGAAUCGUUGAAAGUCAUCAUCUCAUCGGCUACGAUUGAUGCGCAAUUUUUCAAGAAAUUUUUUACUAUCGAAUCUAAGGAGAAUUCCGCUGUCAUUUUGUCCGUCGAAGGAAAGAUGUAUCCCGUUGAUUGUUUCUUUCUGAAUGAACCGUGUGCCGAUUACGUUAAAGAAACUGUAGCAACCGUGUUGAAAAUACACGAAAAAGAAGCAAAUAAAGUGGGAGACAUUUUGGCAUUUUUGACUGGGCAAGAGGAAGUUUUGGACGUUGUACAAUUGCUGAAUGAACAUACACAGCAAUGGACCAAUAACAAUCUACAAGUGUUGCCCAUGUAUGGAACAUUGCCAAAUGCAGAUCAAUUGAAAGUGUUCUUUUCGGCGCCAAAGGGAACACGCAAAGCAAUCAUUGCCACAAAUAUAGCGGAGACAUCUGUAACCAUACCAGGGGUCUCGUAUGUAAUUGAUUGUGGAUUUGUAAAGAUGAAAUGGUUUGAUUCAAACAGCAACACCGAUACACUGGCUGUUAUUCCGAUUUCAAAAGCACAAGCCGAACAACGCGCUGGACGUUCAGGUCGAAUGAAUACGGGAAAAGUGUUUCGUUUGUACACCGAAGAAGAAUAUUCAAAACUUCCCGCACAACUACCACCUGAAAUGAAACGAUCCGAUUUGUCCACAACGAUUCUAUAUCUUAAAGCACUUGGCAUUGACAAUGUUUUGCGUUUUGAUUUUCCAACGAAGCCUCCGGCCAAAAAUUUACUGGCCGCACUGGAACUGCUCUUGGCGUUAGAGGCUCUGGAUAAUAAAGGAACGCUGACCCAACCCGUCGGUUAUUUCUUGGCCGAGCUUCCAAUCAGUCCGAUGAUGGGAAAAAUGCUAUACAAUUCCAUUCAAAUGGCGUGCUCCGAAGAGAUUUUAAGUAUAAUUGCAAUGCUUCAAGUGCACACGGUAUUUUCUAAGCCAUCAACAGGUCAAGGUCAAAUAACAGCGCGGGUUAAAAAGAGAGAGUUUGAAGUGGCCGAGGGUGAUCUCAUCACAUUGCUUAAUGUUUACACAGGCUUUGUGGCCGCGGGCCGAACAAAAGAAUGGUGCGGUCAACAUUAUGUCAUUUACAAGAACUUGAAAAGAGCCUAUGAGCUGCGCGAACAAUUGGCUAAAUUGUGUCGAAAUAAAAUUGGCAUGCCACUGAUCUCUUGCCAUGGAAAUGUGGAUGUCAUUCGGCGAUGCAUUACAAGCGGAUUCUUUCCAAAUGCAGCGUAUCUUCACCAUUCCGGCGUUUAUCGUACAUGCAGAGGAAAUCGUGAAAUGGAAAUUCAUCCGCUAUCGUGUCUGUACACCAUUCGACAACCACAGUACAUUGUUUUUUGUGAGCUGCUCCACACGACAAAGCCAUUCAUGAAGGAAGUGACUGUGAUUGAAGGGGACUGGCUGACUGAAUUGGCACCACACUACUAUGUUAAACGUGGUGUUCGAUAUGAAGAUCGUUAGAAUCCUUAAAAAAACCUCUAAAGCAAAAUCAUGUAGUGUAUUGAAUAAAUAGAGAGAAAUACUUUGCAA